ACAGGGUGAUUCGGUCUUUAGUGCGGAUAUUUUUUUUCGUGGUUCUGUAUCAUUAAUAGAACAUAAAUCUACAAACAGUUCGAUACAUUUUAUGUAAUAUUUUUUUUUCAAUUUAUGUCUCAGAAAUAACAAAAUAAUGGACACAUUACCAAACAAACUGCGCAACUGCUGGCGGCACUUUGCAAGACGCCGACAAAGAAAUACCGGCCGUAGGCAUAUCGUUUCGGCUUCGGCUGACGGGGGCGGCAGAGGUGAGGGGAUCGAAAAAUCCCUGAGGACGCCUACCGAAUUGCCGAUGGGCGACCAGUGACAGACAAUCUGCCGUCGCGUGCGCAUUUAAGUUACCUAAUUAAUAAAUCGCAUGUGCAAGCCACUAUGUCGGGAUUUUCAAAUCGCGAAUAUUACGAAAUGAUGCGACUGUAUUGUGUUCCUAGGCUACGAGCCCAAGGAAUCCUGAACCCCGCAGUGCCUAAUGUGAGGAACAAGUGUUUUAAAUAAACUAAUUUAUUAAAACGUGUUCGGUUGUGCCCUGAAAGGAAUGGACUUCAUUUCGAACAAUUGUUAAAAUACAGUGAUUAACAUUUUAAAAUUAACAAAAACAAACUUAUUGGUGGUGAGGUGCGCUCCACCACCACUCUGCUGGACUACCUGCGCCGACACCUGGAGCUGCGCGGCACCAAGUACAAAUGUCUGGAGGCGGGCUGCGGCGCGUGCAUCGUCAGCGCGGUCAAAUGCCACGGCGAUGCUCCUCAAGGCGUGAACUCGUGUAUGGUCAUGAUAACCUCAUGUCAAGACUGGGACAUUACAAGUAUAGAAAAAGUGGGCAACAGAUUGGAAGGAUAUCAUCCGCUGCAGACCACGCUAGCGGCUAAGGCUGGCUCGCAAUGUGGCUACUGCUCUCCGGGUAUGGUCAUGAAUAUGUACAGUUAUUUGAAAGCAAAGCCACGUACAAUGUUAGAAAUAGAAAGAGCUUUAGGAAGCAAUCUAUGUAGAUGUACGGGGUACAGACCAAUACUGGAGGCAUUCAAAACUUUUGCCUCAGAUUGUCCAAAACCAAGCGACAUAUUGGAUAUUGAAGACUUGAAAAUAUGCAACAAAUCUGGAGAUUUGUGCAUCGAGUCAAAAUGUGAAAAUUCCGAAUGGUGCAUUGUACCCAAAAAGAAUAAGGUCCUAUAUAUAAAACUAAGUGAUGAUAGAGAUUGGUUUAGAGUGGACGCUUUGGAUGAAGUGUUUAAUAUAUGGCAAGAAAAAGGAACGGAAUCUUAUAUGCUUGUCAAUGGAAAUACAGGAAAAGGAGUUUAUCCAAUAUUGGAGUAUCCCAAACUGUUGAUAGAUAUAAGUGAUGUAUCAGAGCUUAAAGGUUAUUAUUUAGAUCAGAAUUUGGUGCUUGGAGGUGGAACGACGCUAUUUGAAGUUUUGGAAAUUUUUAAAUCUUUAGCUAACACGGAAAAUUUCACUUAUCUUAAAGUAUUGUGUGAUCACAUUGAAAAAGUUGCUCAUGUAACUGUAAGAAACGUAAUUGGUGGUGAGGUGCGCUCCACCACCACUCUGCUGGACUACCUGCGCCGACACCUGGAGCUGCGCGGCACCAAGUACAAAUGUCUGGAGGCGGGCUGCGGCGCGUGCAUCGUCAGCGCGGUCAAAUGCCACGGCGAUGCUCCUCAAGGCGUGAACUCGUGUAUGGUCAUGAUAACCUCAUGUCAAGACUGGGACAUUACAAGUAUAGAAAAAGUGGGCAACAGAUUGGAAGGAUAUCAUCCGCUACAGACCACGCUAGCGGCUAAGGCUGGCUCGCAAUGUGGUUACUGCUCUCCGGGCAUGGUCAUGAAUAUGUACAGUUAUUUGAAAGCUAAGCCACGUACAAUGUUAGAAAUAGAAAGAGCUUUAUCGAGCAAUCUAUGUAGAUGUACGGGGUACAGACCAAUACUGGAGGCAUUCAAAACUUUUGCCUCAGAUUGUCCAAAACCAAGCGACAUAUUGGAUAUUGAAGACUUGAAAAUAUGUAAGAAAUCUGGAGAAUUAUGUUCUGAAUCAAAAUGUGAACACUCCGAAUGGUGCAUUGUACCCAAAAGGAAUAAAGUCCUAUAUAUAAAACUAAGUGAUGAUAGAGAUUGGUUUAGAGUGGACACUUUGGAUGAAGUGUUUUAUAUAUGGCAAGAAAAAGGAACGGAAUCUUACAUGCUUGUCAAUGGAAAUACAGGAAAAGGAGUUUACCCCAUAUUAGAGUAUCCUAAACUUUUGAUAGAUAUAAGUGAUGUAUUAGAGCUUAAAAGUUAUUAUAUGGAUCAGAAUUUGGUGCUGGGAGGCGGAACUACGCUAUUUGAAGUUUUAGAAAUUUUUAAAUCUUUAGCUCACACUGAAGGUUUCACUUAUCUUAACGUUUUGAAUGAUCACAUUGAGAAGGUUGCCAAUAUAACUGUUAGAAACCUUGCCACUGUGGCUGGAAAUUUAUCUCUAAAGAAUCAACAUUCUGAUUUCAAGUCUGAUAUAUUCCUACUUUUUGAAACUGUUGGCGCGUCGGUUACUAUACUAACGGGCCCUGGAAAUAAAGUGGUUUUAACAAUGCAAGAAUUCCUCAUAGAAAAUAUGAGAGGUAAAAUAAUUCUCAACGUUCUGUUACCGCCGCUGAGUAAUGAAUAUAAAAUAGCGACGUUUAAGAUAAUGCCACGUUCUCAAAACGCCCAUGCUCUAGUACACGCAGGUUUUCUGUACAAAGUUGAUGAAACAUUUACAGUUAGUGAAAGUAGGAUUGUCUACAGUGGUCUAACUUCAACUAUUACUCGUGCAUAUGAAACUGAAAUGUAUUUGAAAGGCAAAGUUCUUUUCACAAAUGAGACUCUGCAGUGUGCAUUGGAUAUAUUAAAGAAAGAGCUUGUAUUUGUUAAACAUUUGCUUGAUCCACCAAUCGAAUAUAAACUUCAAGCAUCUUUGGGGCUUUUCUAUAAGGGUCUUUUGGAAUUAUGUCCCCCAACUCUACUAAAACCAACUUAUUGUUCUGGAGCUAUCAAGUUAAGAGACAGCAGACCUGUGUCUAAAAGCCUUCAGGUGUUUGAAACGAAUCCAGCAUUGUGGCCUCUCAAUGAACCUAUACCAAAAAUUGAUGGACUGAUACAAUGCGCUGGGGAAGCAAAAUAUGCCGACGAUACGCCAUCUCUCUCAGGGGAAGUGUUCCUUGCGUUUGUUUUAGCUAAAGUUCCACUUGGAACUAUACAAAAAAUUGAUCCUUCUAUAGCGUUGAGUGAACCGGGGGUUAUAGCGUUUUAUUCAGCGGCGGAUAUUCCAGGAGUAAACAGUUAUAUACCAGCACCUAAUAUAUUUAACUUAACUGACGAAGAAUUAUUUUGCAAUGGUGAAGUCAAAUACUAUGAUCAACCUGUUGGUGUGAUUGUUGCUGAAUGUGAAAGUAUAGCCAAAAAAGCAGCAAAUUUAGUACACAUUGAAUAUUCAAACAUAAGAAAACCCGUCAUUGACAUAAAAAUUAAUAAAUAUGAUCCUAAUAAAUAUACCGUAUUUUCUAUACAUCCAGCAACUGAAGUAGGUCCUGAUACUACAAAAGUAAUAAAAGGAGAAGAUACUAUUUACUCACAAUAUGCAUUCACUAUGGAAACAUUAGCAUGCGUAGCGUAUCCCACUGAAGAAGGAAUAAAAUUAAUAUCUACAACGCAAUGGAUGGACUUGGUGCAGCAAGCAGUUGCAAGGGUUCUUAUGAUAGAUGAAAACAGAGUUGACGUUUAUGUACGAAGGAUUGGUGGUGGUUAUGGCUACAAAAUAACUAGGUCAGCACAAAUUGCUGUAGCUUGUAGUCUGGUGGUCUACAAACUAAACCGACCCUGUAGAUUCACCACCCCUAUCGAUGUCAAUAUGAGGGCUACAGGAAAGCGUUUACCAUGUUCCAGAAAUUAUGAAGUCCACGUUAAUUCAAAAGGAGAAAUUCAAUAUUUAAAAGAAGAUUUAUUCAGUGACAAUGGUUAUGUGUACAACGAACCUCUUAUGCAAUUUGCCGAUGAUAUUUACUAUAACUGCUAUAAAAAAACACGAUGGGGCCAUACGGGAUAUAAUGCUGUAACAGAUACCGCAUCCAACUCUUGGGUCAGAUCUCCUGGUACUAUAGAAUGCGUAGCGAUGGCUGAAUUAGUGAUUGAACGUAUAUGUUAUGAGUUAAAUUUAGAUGCACUUGAAGUCCGUUCAAAAAAUUUAGAUACAGAAUUAUACAAGGACCUGUUAGAAUUAACAGACACAUUGAAAACAAACUCUCACUAUAACGAAAGGAAAGUUAAAGUUGAUGAAUAUAACAAAAACAACAGGUGGAAAAAACGUGGUUUAAGAUUUAGUUGGCUUAGGUGGCCAUCUAAGGGAUCUCAAACCUUUGAGGUAAAUAUGUCAGUUUACUCAGACGACGGUACAGUGUCCAUAACUCAUGGGGGCAUUGAAAUGGGUCAAGGAAUAAACACUAAAGCAAUUCAAAUAGCUGCAUACUUCCUAAAACUACCGGUGGAUAAGAUACAGGUAAAGCCUAAUGAUACUAUGGUUGCUCCUAAUGGCAUUGCCUCUGGAGCUAGCGUAACAUCUCAAAAUAUAGGAAUAGGUGUGCGAAGGUGUUGUGAACAACUUUUGGAAAGACUUGCCCCUAUACGCAUUCAGUUGGUUAACCCAACUUGGAAGGAGUUAAUUAAAGAAGCGUACAAUCAACAAGUUGACCUGCAAGUGCAUUAUUAUACAAGCAUGAAAGAUUUCCAACAAUAUGACGUUUAUGUAGUUACAUUGGCUGAAGUUGAAAUAGAUGUUUUAACAGGAGAACAUACAAUACUACGUGUUGAUUUAAUUGAAGAUGUUGGUCGAAGUGUCAACCCUGAAGUAGACCUUGGUCAAAUUGAAGGGGCUUUUAUUUUCGGCCUCGGAUACUGGACAAGUGAACAUCUAGUAUAUCACCCUGACACCGGCGAGUUACUAACUGACCGUACUUGGGAAUAUUGGAUUCCUCAAGCUCUAGAUAUUCCACAAGACUUUAGAGUAUAUUUUAGGAGGCGGUCGUUCAGUAAUGAAGUUAUUCUUGGGGCAAAAGCAACGGGAGAGCCAGCUACGUGUAUGGGAAUAUCAGUAGCUUUCGCUUUGAGGGAGGCGAUAUCCCUGGCGAGGCUUGAGUCCGGGAUACCCACUACUCAGUGGUUCCAAAUAGAUGGACCAUUCACAGUUGAUAAAAUAUGCGUCGCGUGUGAAACGCAAUGUGAAGACUUUAAAUUUUAUUAGUUUAUAUUACUAAAUUUAAUUUAAUUUAGUAGGUAUAACUUCGAUAUUAUGUUACGAGGGUAGUCAACACGGUUUUUGAAACACGUGGAGCUGCUCGCGCAUCCUUUAUUGUGAUUGUGCAUCUAUGCUUUAUCAAUGAAUGCACAACGAAUCUUGUUUUUGAAGUUGACAAUGGACAAAGAACUGACCGAAGAAAAGAGAUUAUAUUCAUAUUUCAAACGUGACAAAAUGGAAAAAAAGGUAUCUUUUUUUACAAUAUCUAAUAGAUAUCUAAACCAAAAUGUGGUCACCCAGAUAUUAUUUUUUAAAAAACUUAAACCUGCGUCUAAUGAAGUCUACCAGUCCAUAUCGAGUUGUUAACUAAUUUGUUCAUUCACUCGUAUAAUUAAUGAUAAUGAAUAGCGUUGAUUGAUGAGUGAAGUAAGCUACUAACAUUAAUUAUAUUGGGUUCAUUAUUUCUUUUAAGUUUGCUAAACCGUCAGUAUGUUGAAGCCUCAAAAGGUGUAGGGAUAGGUUAAGGGUAAAAGGUCAA